AUGCAUGCGUCACCACAACGAAGAGGACUUGGAGCUAGUAUGAAACUACAUGUACUUCAACUGGGAAUAUUGUCAUUUCGACUAGCUGGGGUGACUGCGCAGUUUCCACCAUCCCUCAGUUUAGACGACGUUGAGGUCAAACUUGUCUCAUCGCCCGCCAAUACCAAUAUCACCAUUCAGUACAAAUCACCACUGCCGGGUACUUGCAAAACGGCUUUUAGCUCCCAAAAGCAGUAUACGGGUUAUGUCAAUCUCCCGCCUGCUACUCUAUCUCUGGUCCAGCAGGAUUACCCCAUCAACACGUUCUUUUGGUUUGUGGAAGCCCGGGAGAACCCUAAGAAAGCUCCACUUACAGUCUGGCUCAAUGGUGGACCUGGGUCGAGUAGCAUGAUCGGCAUGUUUCAAGAAGUUGGACCCUGCGAGGUUGUUGAGAUUGACAAGACUCGGCUGGGAACCCGAGCUAGGGCUUGGGGUUGGGAUCGCAGCUCGAACAUGCUAUUCAUUGACCAGCCAAAUCAAGUUGGAUUUUCAUAUGAUACACCCACCAAUGGAUCCCUCAAUCUUCUCUCUGGAUUGCUCUAUUCUCAAGCCAAAUCGGUUCCGCCGAAGCAGCCACAUAAUACCUUUUUGAAUGGUACAUUCCCUUCGCAUGAUCAUGACCAUACAACCAAUACCACGGCUAGCUCCUCUCAAGCAAUUUGGUAUGUUUUGCAGGCAUUUCUGGCCGAAUUUCCACAAUACAACCCUAGUGGCAAUGGGAAUAACUCCGUUGGCAUUAACUUGUUUACUGAAAGCUAUGGGGGCCACUAUGGGCCAGCCUUUGCGACAUACUUUGAAAAGCAGAAUGACUUGCUGGAUCAGGGAAAGCUACAAGCAAACAAAACCUUGAAGAUUGAUCUCACCUCCUUGGGAAUCAUCCAGGGCUGCGUGGAUGAUACGAUACAGGGGUCGUCUUACUCAGAUUUUGCACAUAGCAACUCAUAUGACAUCAAAGCAGUCAGCCUCACAGAUUACAAGAGCAUGAAGCACUCUUUCGCAAAAAGCGGCGGGUGCCGGGAACAGAUUGAGAAAUGCCGCAAAGCAGUAACAUCCAAAGAUCGAAACAAUACAGCAGCCGACGAGUGCUCAUCCGCGGUAAUAUACUGCAACCAGUAUGUGGUAAACCCGUUUGAAGCUAGCGGCCGGAGCCCUUACGACAUCUCCCAGGCAUCUCUAGAUCCUUUUCCGUCAAAUCUCUAUCUAGAAUAUCUGAAUUCUGCAGCAGUCCAGUCAUCUAUCAAAACACCCGUCAACUUCAGCACGUCCAACCAAGACGUGAGCUAUGCCUUCACAAUGACAGGUGAUCGCGCCCGAGGCGGCCAAAUAGCACAGCUGGCCUCGCUGCUAGCAAAGGGCGUGCGAGUCGCGCUGAUAUACGGCGACAGCGACUACCUCUGCAACUGGCGGGGAGGUGAAGCAGUUUCCUUCGCUGUAGCCGCAGAAGCCUCCAAUUACACAUCCUCUUUCAAUUCUGCAGGAUACAUCCCCAUCAUCACGAACGACAGUUACAUCGGCGGCGUUGUCCGACAGGCUGGGAACCUCUCCUUCUCGCGAGUCUAUGACGCAGGCCAUGAGGUCCCGGCUUACCAGCCGGAGACGAUGUUCACGCUAUUCAGUCGUAUCAUCCAGGGUGGGAAUGACCUGUCUUCUGGAAAACCUGCGGAUCUGGCUACGUUCAGGUCUAAGGGUGAUGCUAACUCAACGGCAGUCAAUCAUGCCCCGCCCAUGGCUUUGCCGACCUGUUUCUUGCGGAAUGUGGUUGCCACGUGCAGUCAGGGUCAGCAGAAUAUGCUUCAAUCUGGGAGUGGAGUUAUUAUUAAUGGUGUCCAUUAUGAGAGUGAAGCACAAUGGUAUGCGAAAGGUACCCGGGCUGGUGAUGGUAUGCUAUUUGGCGAUGCGGGUGUUCCGGGUACAGAAUCUGUGGAGAUGAUGGAGAUGACCCCCAGUGCGAGCAAAUUUAGUGAAUUGCCUUCUAUUGGGGUAUUCACUGCGACCACCACACCGCGGAUGAAAGAGCAGCGCUCGAUUUCUGGGGGUGUUCUAUCUAAUGAGAUUCCUGGAAGAUUUGGAUUGGUCACCAUCAUUGCAUUAUUUGUGUUUAUAAAGAUGAACAUCCAAAGCUGCCAAGUAGUACGGAGUACAAGGUGCAAUAUAAAAAGCACUCGGAUGCCAAGAAAUGAAGACCCGGUCUACGCAAUCUUGGACCGCAUCACGUGCAACGUCACCGCCCAAGCUCCCCCCAUCGAGACAGCUGGACCAACCCCCCAGUCCCACCUUUGCUCUCUUCCCCAUCCUUGCCUUUUCUACUCUGAAUUUCGCCCGCGGAGGAUCAAAUUCGCCAUGGCCGACUUUAUUGACCCCCGGAUGUCCUCCAUCAAGCCUCGGAUGCGCUACAAUACCAUCGGAGGUAUCAACGGACCGCUGGUUAUCCUCGACAAUGUCAAGUUUCCCCGUUAUAACGAAAUUGUCUCGUUGACGCUCCCAGAUGGCACAGAGCGCAGUGGUCAAGUGCUGGAAGCCAGAGGAAACCGGGCUGUUGUGCAGGUGUUCGAAGGCACUACCGGUGUCGAUGUGAAGAAGACCAAAGUCGAGUUUAGUGGCCACAGCUUGAAGCUUGGCGUUUCCGAGGACAUGUUGGGCCGAACAUUCGACGGUUCGGGACGAGCUAUCGACAAGGGUCCUAAGGUGUUGGCAGAGGAUUACUUGGAUAUCAACGGCCAGCCUAUCAACCCCUACUCACGAGUGUACCCCGAGGAAAUGAUCUCGACUGGUAUCUCCGCUAUCGAUACGAUGAACUCUAUUGCUCGUGGACAGAAGAUCCCUAUCUUCUCGGCUGCUGGUUUACCGCAUAACGAAAUCGCCGCGAGUAUAUGUCGCCAAGCGAGUCUGGCCAAGCCCACGAAGGAUGUUCACGACGGCCACGAAGAGAACUUCUCUAUCGUCUUCGCCGCCAUGGGUGUCAAUAUGGAGACUGCCCGCUUCUUUAAGCGCGAUUUCGAGGAGAAUGGUAGUAUGGAGCGUGUUACUUUGUUCCUGAACUUGGCCAACGACCCGACUAUUGAGCGUAUUAUUACUCCUCGUCUUGCCCUGACCACUGCCGAAUACUACGCCUACCAGCUCGAGAAGCAUGUCCUGGUUAUUAUGACUGAUAUGUCGGCCUACUGUGAUGCCCUGCGUGAAGUUUCCGCUGCCAGAGAAGAAGUCCCCGGUCGUCGCGGUUACCCCGGUUACAUGUACACAGAUUUGUCCACCCUGUACGAGCGUGCUGGACGAGUCCAGGGCCGCAAUGGUUCUAUCACACAGAUUCCCAUUCUGACUAUGCCUAACGAUGAUAUCACGCACCCUAUUCCCGAUUUGACCGGCUACAUUACGGAGGGGCAGAUCUUUAUUGAUCGUCAGCUCGACAACCGCGGUAUCUACCCACCGAUCAACGUCCUGCCCUCUCUAUCCCGUCUGAUGAAAUCCGCAAUUGGCGAGGGCCGCACUCGCAAGGAUCACGGAGACGUUUCUAACCAGCUGUACGCUAAGUACGCCAUUGGUCGUGAUGCCGCCUCCAUGAAAGCCGUCGUAGGAGAAGACGCCCUCUCCUCGGAAGACAAGCUCUCUCUCGAGUUCCUCGAGAAGUUCGAGCGCACCUUCAUCAGCCAGUCUCCCUACGAGGCACGCACCAUCGAGGAAUCCCUCGACCUUGCUUGGAACCUCCUGCGCAUCUACCCCAAGGAAUUGCUUAACCGCAUCCCCAAGCGCACUCUCGAUGAGUUCUACGCCCGCCACGCUCGUAAGAUCCCUAACAAGGAUACCAACGAUAACUCGCAUGAGAACCUGAUCGACGCAUGAGGUGUCGU